GCAGUUCGACCUUCCUCCCGCCGCCGUGUUAGGUUGAGCUAGAGGCGCGGGGGAAGAACUGGGGAAACUGGAAUUUCCCGCGGAGCUGACGGCGUUUGCUCUCCCCCUACUCGUUUUAAUUCCACGCGCUCCAAAAUAUACGCCAUGGAGAAAUCUUGGCCAUGAUAUCCAUUCUAGGCCCACUGGUGCUCUUCUGCUGAAGGUUGGCUCAGGCAUUUACAGGGACUGUGGCAAGGAAGGGUGUGACGCAGGUCUAUCAGCUGUCAUCAUCAUGAACUUUGAGGGUCUGGACCCUGGACUGGCAGAGUAUGCCCCGGCUAUGCAUUCUGCCUUGGACCCUGUCCUGGAUGCCCACCUGAAUCCAAGUCUGCUACAGAAUGUGGAGUUGGACCCAGAGGGAGUGGCCUUGGAGGCUCUUCCCGUGCAGGAAUCAGUGCACAUAAUGGAAGGUGUCUACUCUGAAUUGCACAGCGUCGUAGCUGAAGUGGGUGUGCCUGUGUCUGUCUCCCACUUUGACUUACAUGAAGAGAUGCUGUGGGUGGGGAGCCAUGGGGGUCAUGCCACUUCAUUUUUUGGCCCAACCUUGGAGCGCUACUCAUCUUUUCAGGUCAAUGGUAGUGAUGACAUUCGACAAAUCCAGAGCCUAGAGAAUGGUAUCCUUUUUCUCACCAAGAAUAACCUCAAAUAUAUGGCCCGUGGGGGUCUCAUUAUAUUUGAUUAUUUACUGGAUGAGAGUGAGGAUAUCCUUAGUUCCUUGGUUUCCCUGCGAGACCUCCGUAGUUUUAAGGUGGAGCAUGAAUUUGAUGCCUUCUCAGGGAGUCUGUCAGAUUUUGACGUGCAUGGCAACCUGUUGGCUGCCUGUGGCUUUUCUAGCCGCCUCACUGGCCUGGCCUGUGACCGUUUCCUCAAGGUGUAUGAUCUGCGCAUGAUGCGUGCCAUCACACCACUUCAAGUACAUGUGGAUCCUGCCUUCUUGCGCUUCAUCCCUACAUAUACUUCUCGUCUUGCUAUCAUCUCUCAGUCAGGGCAAUGCCAGUUUUGUGAGCCAACAGGCCUGGCCAACCCAGCAGACAUCUUUCAUGUGAAUCCUGUGGGACCUCUGCUAAUGACAUUUGAUGUGUCAGCCAGCAAGCAGGCACUUGCCUUUGGGGAUUCUGAGGGCUGUGUGCACCUCUGGACUGAUUCCCCAGAGCCUUCCUUCAACCCCUAUUCACGGGAGACUGAAUUUGCUUUGCCCUGUCUGGUGGACUCAUUACCUCCUCUGGACUGGAGCCAGGACCUGCUGCCUCUUUCCCUCAUCCCUGUUCCACUCACAACGGACACACUCCUCUCUGAUUGGCCUGCUGCCAACUCUGCUCCAGCUCCCAGGCGAGCCCCACCUGUCGAUGCAGAGAUUCUACGCACCAUGAAGAAAGUGGGCUUCAUUGGCUAUGCACCCAACCCCCGCACCAGACUUCGUAAUCAGAUUCCUUACCGACUUAAGGAGUUGGAUAGUGAAUUUGAUAGCUUCAGCCAGGUCACUGAGUCACCGAUAGGACGGGAAGAGGAGCCACAUCUCCACAUGGUUUCAAAGAAAUACCGCAAGGUAACCAUCAAAUAUUCCAAGCUAGGGCUUGAAGACUUUGACUUCAAACACUAUAAUAAGACCCUUUUUGCUGGAUUAGAGCCUCACAUCCCCAAUGCCUACUGUAACUGCAUGAUUCAGGUGCUCUAUUUCCUGGAGCCUGUUCGCUGUCUAAUUCAGAACCAUCUCUGCCAGAAGGAGUUCUGUCUGGCAUGUGAAUUGGGCUUCCUCUUCCAUAUGUUGGACCUCUCUCGUGGUGAUCCUUGCCAGGGCAGUAAUUUUCUUCGGGCAUUCCGGACCAUUCCUGAGGCCUCAGCCCUUGGUCUGAUCCUAGCUGACUCAGAUGAGGCUUCAGGCAAGGGCAAUCUGGCUAGGCUCAUUCAGAGAUGGAAUCGCUUCAUUCUCACUCAACUGCAUCAGGAUAUGCAGGAGCUUGAAGUACCCCAGGCAUAUCGAGGUGCUGGAAGCAGCAGUUUUUGUUCAUCGGGGGACUCUGUCAUUGGGCAACUGUUCAGUUGUGAGAUGGAGAACUGCAGCCUUUGUCGCUGUGGCAGUGAGACUGUGCGAGCUUCAUCCACUCUGCUUUUCACACUCUCCUACCCUGAGGGUAGCAACUGUGAUAAAACCGGGAAGAACUAUGACUUUGCUCAGGUGCUGAAGCGAAGCAUCUGCCUGGAGCAGAAUACACAAGCCUGGUGUGACAACUGUGAGAAGUACCAGCCCACGAUUCAGACCCGCAAUAUCCGCCAUCUGCCAGAUAUUCUUGUUAUUAACUGUGAAGUGAACAGCUCAAAAGAGGCUGAUUUCUGGAGAAUGCAGGCUGAGGUUGCCUUCAAGAUGGCAGUAAAGAAACAUGGUGGGGAAAUCUCCAAGAACAAGGAAUUUUCUUUGGCUGAUCGGAAGGAACUAGGGAGUCCAGAGGGUGUGCUGUUGUGUCCCUCCAUUGAAGAGUUGAAGAAUGUCUGGCUUCCUUUUUCCAUUCGCAUGAAGAUGACCAAGAACAAAGGGCUGGAUGUUUGCAAUUGGACUGAAGUGCAGUGGGGUCCAGCCAGGGCAGAGGAGGAACAUGGUGUCUAUGUGUAUGACCUGAUGGCUACUGUGGUACACAUCCUGGACUCACGCACAGGGGGCAGCCUGGUGGCUCACAUCAAAGUUGGAGAGACCUACCACCAGCGCAAGGAGGGUGUUACUCAUCAGCAGUGGUAUCUCUUCAAUGACUUCCUUAUUGAACCUAUUGAUAAGUAUGAAGCAGUGCAAUUUGACAUGAAUUGGAAAGUACCUGCUAUCCUUUAUUAUAUCAAAAGGAAUCUCAAUUCUAGAUACAACCUGAAUAUCAAGAACCCUAUUGAGGCUAGUGUGCUGUUGGCUGAAGCCUCAUUGGCACGGAAGCAACGGAAAACACAUACUACCUUUAUUCCACUGAUGCUGAAUGAAAUGCCACAGGUUGGGGACCUGGUAGGCCUCGAUGCUGAGUUUGUCACCCUUAAUGAGGAAGAAGCAGAGUUACGCAGUGAUGGUACCAAGUCUACCAUUAAACCAAGUCAGAUGUCAGUAGCAAGGAUCACUUGUGUUCGGGGCCAAGGGCCCAAUGAGGGUAUCCCCUUCAUAGAUGACUACAUCUCUACUCAGGAGCAGGUAGUGGAUUACUUGACUCAGUACUCGGGGAUAAAGCCAGGAGACCUUGAUGCCAAAAUUUCCUCCAAACACCUCACAACUCUCAAGUCUACCUACUUAAAGCUUCGUUUUCUCAUUGACAUUGGAGUCAAGUUUGUGGGGCAUGGCCUGCAAAAAGACUUCCGGGUCAUCAAUCUCAUGGUUCGGAUAGGGCUUUUCUAAGAGUCACUUUUUUUUUUUUUUUUUUUUUUUGGGUACUGGUGAUUAGACCUAAAGAUUCAAGGGGAGACCCAUGACAGUAUUGAGGAUGCCCGCACAGCCCUUCAGCUCUACCGAAAGUAUCUGGAACUAAGCAAGAAUGGCACUGAGCCUGAAUCCUUCCACAAGGUACUCAAGGGUCUUUAUGAAAAGGGCCGGAAGAUGGACUGGAAAGUGCCUGAGCCCGAGAGCCAGACGAGUCCCAAGAAUGCAGCUGUCUUUUCCUCAGUGCUGGCACUUUGACCUCCCUUCUUCCUUCAGUGUUCUAUGACCCUAGAACUUGAGGAUGGCUUCCUAAGUUGGCUUUACCCUGCCCACUUCCAGAAUUGGACCUGCUCAGGGUCCUCAGAUGGUGCUACUAACAGAACUGGAAUGUAACAAAGUUGUUGCAAAGGUUUUGGGAGCCAGAUUCCUUCUUCAUCCUUUGCAAAACAGUGGGUCAGAAAAAGGAAUCUAGGACUGACCCAGAUGGAAAGUAACUGGUAUUAUCAUGAAUGAUUAAUAUCCAGGCAGAAAAGCACCUGGAACCAAAUCUUUUAGUUCCUAGCCGGCUAGGAACUGAAGUCCUGGAUAGUGACAGGCUACAACAGGAGCUCCAGACUUAGCUCAAACUUGAGGGAUGCCUGGAGGAACCAGCAUGUAGUCUUGGCCCUAGCAAACCAGUAUUGCCAGCACCAUUGCCAAAAGGCACUUUGGGUCCCGGAGAAAGGUUGACCUGAUGACAACUGAGAAGCAUCUGUCUUCCAUCCAUUUUCCUGUCUCAAGUUUUGUUUUAAUUUUUUUAAAAAAUUGUUUUAAACCGCAUGUUUUAUAAAAUAAAAACAAAAAUUAUUGUC